CAUGUGCAUUCAAUUCUAACGACGAAGCUCAAUUUUCGACUUUUCGUUUUUGUUUUUCACAGGUUGUGAUGGUGGUUUCCUCUGAUAGGCCACCAACACCCAACGAGAGAAUCCCACACAAGACGUUUGAAAUUCCCUACAAACCUGGCUUCAUUGAAGAUCUAAUGAUAAGACCUGCACUUGAAGAGAACAAGUACAAAAUUGGAUGGAACCUGCUUCAAGUUCAACUUGUCAUGUGUGAAAGCCUUUUGAACAGCAGUGAUAUCUUGUGGGAGUUCAAGAGCUUUGAUUUGAUCGUGUUUGAUUCCUCUGGGCCGUGUGAUGUCUUAGUCAGUCAGUUCCUUGAUAUUCCAAGUGUAACAGUUGUUAUUGGACCUCCAAACCAAGCUAUUUCAACAUAUCAUAUGGUACCCUUGCCAGUGUCAUACGUACCGUUGCGUGAGACAGGGUUGCCAAGUAAAAUGACAUUCGUUCAGCGUGUUGUCAACUUUGGAAUGUUCAUUGUUACCAGAUUUCUACUCGAUCUUUUUGUUGCUCGUUCAUUUGACGCACUUAAAGCUAAGUUCAAUAUCAAGCCUGAAAGAAGUUUCGCGGAAGGUCUUGGUGAUACAGAGCUGGUGAUUUUCGUAGCCGAUUUUGCUCUUGGAUUUCCACAGCCUCUUCUACCAGGUUGGUUGAACAAAUUAAAUAGAUACAAUAAUCAUGGUCCCGGUCAUAUCAUGGUGGGACCAAUCACAGUUCAAGAGUCUGAGAAGCUCCCUCCUGAUUUUCAGGAAUUUGUAGGCGAUUCAGGGGGGUACGGCUUCAUAAUGGCUUCCUUUGGAACAUAUGUGGAAUCAGUUAUUCCUAAAGAAAAGAUAAACAUGCUGGCUACAGCCUUUGGAAAGUUGAAGCAAAAAGUUCUGUGGAGACUGAAAGAUUAUGUUCCACCAUCUCUCAGUCCAAGCAUCAAAGUAGUGUCAUGGUUACCUCAGAAUGAUCUAUUGGCUCACAAGGACAUCAGAGCUUUUGUCUCCCAUGUGGGACACAACAGUCUUUACGAGUCUGCGUACUAUGGUGUCCCUGUGGUGGCUGUUCCCUUAUUUGCGGACCAGUUUCUCAAUGCCAAGAAAGCGGAGCAAUUUGGACUGGGAAUAGUUGUGGAUUAUGAAACUAUGGAUGAUGAACAACUGUUUGGGACAAUUGUGCGGGUAGUUGAUGAACCGAGGUGAGGUUGCUAGCAAAGAGGCGACUGGCAAGGGGAUGGCUUACUUCCUUGCCGGGGGGUAUUUCCUAUAAUGGCCUAUACGGGGAGGCUCCGCCCGAGAGGAGUACCGUUUUCAGGCUUAAGGUAUUUAAAAGAGUAGGGGUUUCACAUGUUGAGGUAUAUGAAAGGGUAGACAAAUCUGUCAUUUAGUUACAUCAAAUAAAGGGUCUUAAAUUAAAACAUUUCGAACACAAGCACCUCGUGGCUGGAUCAUUUCAUUUAUUAGGCAUUACAUGAAAAUUACAAGAAGACUUCCUUUUUGGCGAUUUAUUCAUAAUACGAGCCAGUUAUGAAAGUAUGUUAAAGGAGUACCUUUUUCAAUUUAAAGUACAAAAGGGUAAGGAGACUAUCCCUGGGCUCCCUUGCUCCCUCCAUCCCCCCCUCACCUCCUCUGCCUUCCUCUUUCCCGCUCUUCCUCCCUUCAUUCCCUCCCUCCUCCGGCUUCUCACGCUACCUUGCGUACUCUUUCACUCUUUUUUUCUUUGUUCCUCAUCUGACAUGCAACUUCGAUUCGCCUGGUAAUUACAACAAAGUGUGUGAACUGUGUGUGCAAGUUUACUCAGUUUUCUGAACGUUUGUUUCAGAUUCAAGGCAGACGCG